AAGCCCGCACGGCGAUCCUGACAGACGGACGGUCGCCGGCGGCUUCUACUCAUAAAGUUGCCCAACCGAGCCGCCGCAAUGCUGACAGAUGAGAAGCCGAUUCCGGCCCAUCUGCCGUGACCCCGACGCCGUCCACUCAAGCGCCUUCGCCUCCACGCUGCGGUGCCGCCGGAGCUGGACUCCGCUAGGCCGCCCGUCUCCAUCCUCCAGCACAGCUGCACCGUGGCCGAGCUGACAGCGCCCCUGCCUUUCCCAGUGGGCCAGUGCCCGCCGCCGCUGCUUUGGUGUCCUGCAUCUACUCCUGCUGCUCUGCCUCUGCAUCUCUCGUCUGCGGAAUGGAAUGGGCAUGGGUACUCUCGCCUGCGGUGGUGUUUGACACAUGGUUCACAAGCUCUGCCUCUCUUGCCAUUUCCAUCUCCGCAUAGCGUCUCCCCUGGUCCCAGACCUGUGCCCAUUCCAUCUCCGCAUCGUCUCUCCCAGGUCCUAAGCCUCUGCCAUUUACAGCCAACUGCUUCCCACGGUGGUUUCCUUCAUAGAUCUGACCAGGAUUGUCUCCGUGAGGUGGAAGGGGUUGUCAAGGAGGCAAACGGAUGGCGGCUCAGCGCCUGCUCUUCCUGAAAUGUUGUCGCGGCUACUCCACCUCUGCUGAGGACAUGGUCAUCUCCUCCCUCCGCCUCAUCCCCUCCCCUUCUGUUAGUGUUACCAACCCACCUCCACUCCCUACUAUUCUUCAUUCUACUGACUCUCCUCCUGACCCCCAUCCACCGCUUACCACCAUGCUCUUAUCUGCCGCUGAUCGUCUCCGCGGGGUCUUCCUCCGCAAGCCCUCUGGUCGCAACGUGCUUCACCAGGCGCUAUCCUCCACAGGCAUUGGCGCUACCAUGGCACUGUCUCCAGAGGUGCUUGCGAAUGUCGUCAAUACCAGCAACCUGAGUGGUGCCGCCACUGUGACCUACUUUGAUUGGGCAGUCACUAACUCCAAGCCUCCCCCAUCUGUCCACACCUGCAACAUUGUCAUCAGGGCAUUGGGGAGGAAGAAAUUUUUUGAUUAUCUUGAUGACGCCCUUCAGAUCAUGCGCAGAAACAACAUCUUUCCAGACCUGACCACAUUGGAGAUCAUCAUGGAUAGCCUAGUUGCUGCCAGGCAUGUCAGUAGGGCUGUUGAGGUGAUCAGUACCGAUCAAUUUGGAUUUGGGAUUGGAAAAACCUGCCACAGAAAGGAUGCAUUUACCAUCCUCAUUAGGUGUCUUUGCCGGAGGUCACAUGUUGGCCUUGCUAGCUCGCUCUUGCAGGCUGCUCGUAAGGAGUUGUUUGGUCUUGAUAGCAAUGUGUACAAUGAUGUCAUGGGUGGCUGGGCGAGGUUUGGGAGUGUUGAUAAACUGCAGGAGGUUUGGACAAAGAUGCAGGAGGAUGGGCUGGUUCCAAAUGAGGUUUCACAUUGCCAUUUAAUUGAGGGAUUGGGUAGAGUCGGGCAGACUGAGGACGCACUCAAGGCGUUUGAGUAUAUGGUACAUGAGAGAUAUGGUCCAACUACAAUGGCCUACAAUGUACUUAUUUUCAAUUUUAUCCACAUUGGGGAUUUGGACAGUUGCAUCAAGUAUUACAAGGAUAUGUUGGAUAAGAAUUGCUCCCCAAACAUCGAAACGUACUCCAAGAUGAUUAAAGCCUUUUUGAGAGGUCGCAGGGUAGCUGAUGCGCUCCAAAUGUUUGAUGACAUGUUGAUUCAAGGAGUUCUGCCAAAUACUGGGAUGAUAACAUCAUUUAUCAAUCCACUGUGUACAUUUGGACCGCCUCAUGCUGCUUUGAUGAUCUACAAAAAGAGUAGGAAGGCUGGUUGUGUAAUAUCCUUGAAAGCUUAUAAGCUUUUGCUGGAAAGACUCGCUAAAUUUGGGAAGAGUGGAAUCGUUUUGGACAUUUGGGAAGAGAUGCAGGAGUGUGGAUAUCAACCUGAUAAAGAGAUUUACGAAUUUAUUGUAAAUGGGCUUUGCAAUGUGGGUAAGGUCGAUGCUGCUGUGUCUGUGGUGGAGGAAUCACUUCGGAAUGGCUUCUGUCUUGGGAGAGUUGUUUACAGCAAACUGAACAACAAGCUGUUGGAAAUGGACAAAGUUGAGACCGCAUAUAAUUUGUUCAAGAAAGUCAAACAUGCACGUGCACUUACGAAUUCACGCAAUUAUUGCCGUGCUAAUGGUUGGCAUUUUUGAGCAUAACCAGUUUGUCUGCAGAAGAGCCAUGGAGUCCAUUCCGCAUCGGGGAACACUGUUUACGUGCACCCAGGUCGUCCUCCAACCAACAUCUAGCAAUUCAAGUGGGCAGAACGGCGAUAGAGGAUGUGAGCUACAACACUUGAAGGUCAAAGUGACAUCUGGUGAUGAUGCUCAAUGUAAUCUUCUAUAUGGACACUUUGUACGCAUGAGGAAAAAUUAUGCUGCACUAAUAUUCAAGAGAGAAAGCUCGUGGAUGCCAGUAGGUCUUUUGUACAUACUGCUUGCUCAACACAUGUCAUGUCGAGGCUGCCCUUUUGUGUAUUGCUU